CCACCGAACGACGCAUCUUCUUCUCUCUUCUGCUACACUUUGUGUCCUAUGAGCCUUGCAACCAUUUAGGUGGGCAACUGCAAGCAAAGCAACCCCCAUGAACAAACCUUUUUUUUUUUUUUGCUUGAAUUUGGUAUAUUCAUUUUCCUUAUACAUAUAAAGGUGAAAACUUUCACCGGGUUUUGUUUUCUUUGUUGUAGUGGAAGCUUUGAUAAUCAUAAAAAUAGCUCUGAGUGAUCCACAUGGAGUGUCGAACAACUGGGAUGAAGACAAUGUGGACCCUUGUAGCUGGGCCAUCAUCACCUGCUCGUCUGAAAACCUUGUCGUUGGCCUCUGAGGGAGCUCCAAGCCAAUCUCUUUCUGCCUCUCUAUCUGAGGCCGUUGGAAAUCUCACAAAUCUUCGACAAGUAUUGCUGCAAAACAACAAUAUCUCUGGCAAAAUUCCACCGGAACUCGACACGCUUCCAAGACUUCAGACGUUGGAUCUCUCUAACAACCGAUUAUCUGGUGUCAUUCCGGGGUUUCUGGACCAGUUGGAUAGUCUCCAAUACCUGGGUCGUCAAUUGGACGUAUCAAUGCAAUGCAACUAGCAUGCAGCUAGGGCCGGUUCAACCAUAAGGCGAGUUAGGC